GACUUCUAUAUACUACUGAAACUACUUUAUAAACUGGUCAAUUACGGGAAACACAUUGUGCUUAGCUGCUAUUAAGACUGUUUAUACACAGUCAUAUGCUCGAUACUGAGUCAUUUAAUAAUAAUAAAUAUCACUAAGGCAUUGCUAUUUCCAUUUAGCCGUUUUGUGUCCACCCACUGACCUCUGCAGCCGAACGUCGCUCCUGCUCCCUUUGACGGUGAAACCAAUUUGUUUUAGGUGCAUCCUCAUGGCGGGCGUUUCAUCCACCAGUGGAGCAAAGAGAAAGAUGGCUGCCCAGGAGUCAGACCACCCACCUGAACCCCUUAAAAUCACUCUGCUGAGCUCGGCUCUCCUGUUGGAAAUCCCCGCUGAAACCAACACCAGCCUCCCAGUGUGGGAGGCCAUGAGGUCCCAGCACGUUGACGUCACCUGGACCGUCAGACCCUACAGCAUCAGUGUUCAUUUCACCCCUGCGGUGCCUAAACAAGGAACGUCCGCCGUUAAAAGCAAAACCGGCGUCUUGGGACAGAGCUCCACGUUUUCUCCCAUCGCCAGCCAGCAACACGGCCGCUGCCAGAGCGCCCCGUGCGUCCUGCUGACCUUCCCUCAGGGCACCCAGCUGAUGAUGCCCAACCCUCCAGCUCAUCCACAGGCCGACUCCAUCACCGUCUCCCUGCCUCUCAUCUUCACCCAGCCCCAGACAACCCAGCAGCCCACCCAACAGCCCGGCUGGGUGCCAGUCAGCAUCCCCACCCCGACGACUGCCCCAACAAAGAUGCACGACUCGUCAAAGCCGCCCGUACUCUCUACUUUUCACACCAAGUACUCCUCUGAAGUCAAGAUCUGUGACAACUUCCUCCUAAAUACAUGUUCCGAGGGGGGGAAGUGUAGGAAGCACCACACACCCUACCCGUUCCACUGGCAGCUGUGGUGUCCGACCAACCACCAGUGGGUCGACGUCUCUCCUCGCGCUCAGAUUUUGCUCGAGAGGACGUACUGCAACGUCAGCCACGACGUUAUUUUCCUCAAGGAUGGAAAUUGCUGCUUCACUCUCAGCUGUGACUCCAUGGAGUUGGACGACUCACUGAAAUAUGAUGCGAUUCGACGGCUGGAAAACUCGUCUGAUGAGUCAGACAACCGUUACUUUCCCAGCAAAUGGAAAAUCUACUGGUGGGGCAACACCUCCUGGGUAGAGUACCACAAGAGUGUGUCCACGUUGCUGCUGGAGAAGGUGCGUAAAAAGGACACUUCCUGUUUCUUCAACAUCGGCUCAGAACAAUACAAGCUGGACAUCAUCAGGAUGAUCCAGACCAAUGUCCAUACGGGGUUUGAGAGAAGAGUCCGCUGCAGACCCAUGUACCGCUCCCCUGAGUCCAUGCAGCCUCACUUACAGACAGGAAUAACAGAUCCCACCGAAGCUCCACUGGAUCCUUCUAGAGCAAACUUCAGCGUGGACCCCCUGGAGGAGUUCAGCUCCUGGUAUCCUCCGGUGUGGCAUCUGCCCUCGGAUGAGGACUUCAGCCUGGUGGAUGUUCCAGCAGGGACAGUGGCCUACCGCAGGGUCCAAGACCUCUUCUAUGAGAGCAUGCCAGAGACCAGCGUGGACAUCAUCAGCAUCCAGCAGAUCCAGAACCUCCUCCACUGGGACCGGUAUCAGAGGCAGAAGGUUCACAUGCAGAAGCAGGACCCCAAGGAGCCACUGGAGAGGCACCUCUUCCACGGCACAGGGAAAGAGGCCUCGGAGGACAUCUGCCACAACAACUUUGACGCUCGCAUGGCUGGGCUCCACGGGACGUCCUGUGGAUCUGGCUCCUAUUUCUCCACCACCUCCUCCUACUCCAACACUUUUUCAAACCAGCUGGGGAAAGAUGAGGUCUGCCACAUGUUCCUGGCCAAGGUUCUGGUGGGGAAGGUGUGUAUUGGAGGGCACGACAUGCACCGACCACCACCGGUCCACUAUAGGAAGCAGUAUCUGCUUUAUGAUGCCUGUGUGGACAACAUGGACAAACCCACCAUGUUUGUAGUUUUUGAUAGCUGCCAGUGCUACCCGUACUACCUGAUCAAGUACAAGGCCCUAUGCCUGGAAAUCGAUAUCUGAUGUAA